AUGUGCCCCAAAAAGGCACAGACAUCGUUCUGCCUAAAUACAUCUCCCUGGGUCAAAUACCAGAAGUUUAUGGCCGAAAACAUUGCUGGAAAGACCUGUAUUGCACAUCAAUCCGAUAGUCCCAGAGAAAUCGUCGCGAUCAAACAAUACAGAUCUAGUGGCAUUGAUAAAACGGGAAACCUUCUUCCCACAAGUCACCCCAACCUUGUCAAUCUUGUUAACUCAUUCUGUGAGUCUACGGUUGUCUAUCUAGUCUAUGAACUUAUGGAAGUGUCACUGGAGCAGCUUCACUCUGGGAUGACGUUAAAAGAGGCUGAUAUCGCAUUUGUUUGUAAAGAGCUUGAAGACUCUGCACGGUCUUUGGUAUAUUCAUCGAGACCUUUCAAUCUGCCAUACAAGGCUUGA